AUGCUCAAAAAAACUGCCACACCCAAAUCCUUCCAGGAAUUUCGCGACCCCGCCUCUCGUCGUGACGCGUCUGGUCGUCUCGUCUCCGUAGCUAUUGAAAUCGUGGUCAGUGGCACCUCGUCAACAGACCGCCAAGAGCGUAUUUUGGAGGUGGAUUACUUGAUUCCAGUGCCUGAGGGUGUAAAUUGGAGGCCUGGUAUGACGACCAACGAGGCGAAAGCCUUCCUGAAUAACUUUCUUUUGGGACACAUGCAGGACAUUGUCCAUGAUGCAAAACAUAGCCAGAAGUGGCACUGCAAGUAUUGCGAGAAGCCUGCAAGAGAGACGUCCUUGAAUGUCAUUCCUAUCUUUCAGAGCGAAUACUCUAUGCUCUAUCUUCACAAGCCUGCCGACAAGAGAGCCGCGAACUUGCGGAAGGAUUCGGUCAAGAUCCAAGCAUGGGCGAUCCACACCGUCGUACAGCUGAAGACGAGUUUGUUGGUCUGUCAGGUAGCUGUGCGUACUGCGAGGACGACGAAACGGCUAUGGGCGAGAAGGAGUUGGCACGUUGUGCAGGAUGUAGUAUUGUCCGGUAUGUACAAACUUGGAUCUAUACACCUUUAG